CGGAUCCCGGCCGGGCCGGGGGCGGGCAGCACGGCGCGGGCUGGCGGGGACCGCCGGGGCCCCACCGGCGGCCGUGCCCCGCGGCUCCCCCGCCGCCCUCCCAGCGCCGCGGCGGCUCCCCCUCAGCUCGGCCGGGCGGCGCUGCAAGAUGGCGGCGGCAGCCGAGCGGGGAGCGGAGCUGCCCGCGGAGGAACCGCCGCCGCCGCUGCCCCCAUUGCCGCGGGGGGCUCGGCCGCCGCCCCCCAGCCCUGAGGAGGUGGCGAGGCGCUUGGCGAGCACCCGGAGGGAGCUGAGCAACAGGCGCAAGAUCCUGCUGAGGAACCUGCCGGCCGAGAGCAGCAGCCAGGAAAUCCAUGACUUAUUUAAAGAUUAUGAAAUAAAGUAUUGUUAUGUGGACAGAAAUAAAAGAACAGCAUUUGUUACUCUGUUAAAUGGAGAGCAGGCUCAAAAUGCAAUUCGGAAAUUUCACCAGUAUUCUCUUCGGGGAAAAGAAAUAUCCGUGCAACUCCAACCAACGGAUGCUUUGCUGUGCAUCACUAAUUUGCCCAUUUCGUUUACGUUAGAAGAGUUUGAAGAACUUGUACGUGCUUAUGGCAAUGUCGAGAGGUGUUUUUUGGUGUAUAAUGAAGUUACUGGCCAUUCCAAGGGCUAUGGUUUUGUGGAAUAUAUGAAGAAGGACUCUGCUGCGAAGGCGAGACUGGAACUUCUGGGGAAACAGUUAGACGAGAGCACUCUCUUCGCGCAGUGGAUGGAUGUGAACCAGCUGACCACAAGUCUUAUUCACUCCAAGUGCCUUUGUGUGGAUAAAUUGCAAAAAGACUACACUGAUUCAAAAGAACUGAUGCAGGCUUUCUCACUGAAAUAUAAACCUGUAUUCUGCCAGUUUGCUCAGGAUGAAGACAGCUGUAUUGGCGACUUUGCAGUGGUUGAGUAUGAAACUGCAGAGCAGGCUGAGAAGGUGCAAGAAGUCACCGAUGGCAUGAUUAUCAAAGGGAAGAGAAUCCAGGUGUCCUACUGUGCUCCAGGAGCGCCAGGCAGAAGCACAUUAGCAGCACUUAUAGCAGCACAAAGGAUGAUGCGAAACAAUAGAAAAGGAUUGCUUCCAGAGCCGAAUGCAGUGCAGAUUAUGAAAAGUUUUAACAAUCCAGCAAUGUUGCAAAUACUACUGCAGCCCCAGUUGCGUGGACAUGCUGUUAAACCUGUUCUUGGAACAGGUUUUCCUCACCUUAUAAAUACAGCAGUUGGCCCUCCUUUUCUACAGCUGAAUAAAGUUCAUCAGAGUUCAGUUCUGGGCAGUGCAUCUAACUUACUGCUGCAGAGCCCUGCUCACCUGCCAUUGCCACAGCAGCAACUGAUGAAGAUUGAAAAUGUCCAGGCCAAUAGUAAACCGGGUUUGCUGGGAGAACCUCCAACAAUGCUACUUCAGACAGUACUGGGAAUAGGAGUGAUGCCAUCAGUGACUUCAGGCAUGGGAACCCGUGGAGAAGCUCUUAAGUCAUCUAAUCUGCCUACAAUUCAAACAGCAGCAGCAGCAGCAGGGAUGGGCAUGUUGCCAUUCUUUCCGAAUCAGCACAUUGUUGGACAAGCUCUACCAGGGCAAAAUAAUGCUCCAGAGAAACAAUCAACUACCGAAGCGGUUGUCUCAGGAUCACAGCCUUAUCAUCAGACCUUAACAAAUCUUCCUGCGGGAGCCUUGCGGGCUGGUCAUGCCAAACAGCAAAAUCAACUCAAAAGCACUGAUACAAGUUUGGGGACUCCUUUGAAAAAACAGACUUCACUACUAGGAGAACCGCCAAAAGAAAUACGUCUUAGUACCAACCCCUACUUGAAUUUGGCAAGUGUGUUGCCUGGUAUAUGUCUUCCAGCAAUUGCCAGCAAAGCCUCCAGUCCACCACAGCAGACAGGACUUCCGAACAACAUCGUGGAUGCUGCUGUUUCUCAGGGAGCUACAUCACAACAUGGGAUGGAAGGUUAUUUUAAUUACUCCCAGCAGCAUGGAGAGUACACACAGGAGGCUGCUCAGCAGUGGUAUCAGCAUUAUGCUCAGGCAUAUAACUCUACCCAGGCAAGAGUCGAUGAAUUUGAAAAUGAAGCCUCUGAGGAAUCUUCAGGUGGAUCUUACCCAGCCUACAGUACCUGCUUGCAGGUCAUGCCUACAUUUUACAGUGGAGCCCAGGGAUCAUACCAGCCAGGCAGCUCGCAGCUUCCUCCACAAAACCCAUUAAAUAAGGUGGCUCCCUCGAGAAGUGAGAAGCGAGGCUCUUCGUACCUCAUUUCCUCCCCAGAACCUGGCCCGGUGGAGUACAUUGGCCAGCAAGCUCAGGGCUCAGCCAUGCGUUACACAGAAUCCUCUCUGAAAAAGAAACGCGUUUAUUGAGACCCAACUAAUCCGCCCUGCCUCGGCGUGCGAAGGCAGGCUUCUCAUACCUCUCCUAUUUAUUGCUGCCUUAACUUCAGACAAAUUUCUUUCUGCGUGGGUUAUAAAUAAUCCCAAGAGGAACAACGCUGUGUAAUGGGCAAAUUCGCCAAGUAACCUGUACGUAUCGGUCUGACGUUAGCCAUUUCUCCGUAAUCUGCCUUGCCUUGUGAAAGGAUGGAAUGGUGUUUCCAUUUGUGUCUACCACUGAAAUUAACAGUGGGCUGAAACUGACCAAGAGAAGUAACUUGGUAAUUGUUGGUAGCUUAUCAGCUGAAAGCAAUAAAAAUACUGAGGAGGGAGUGAUGGUCCUUUCUCUAGUCCUCACGCUGAGGAAUUUAAAAGACAAAGUCUUAAUAGUAAUUUUUUUCUUAUUUUUUUAACUCAGAAUGUGGGUUUUUUUUCAAGCUUACUUAUCCCAGGAUUAAGACUUCUGCAUUUACAACCUUUAUAUUUUUAAUAUUUCCUCUUAAUCCUGGAGUGGAGGUAUACCAAAUGUAUCGCUAGAGUCGCUGUGAUGUUUUCAAUAAAUGUUUGUUUUAAGUAAGAUGCGAUGCUGUGUGCUGCCUAAAUGCUAAAUUGUGUUCGGAUAGGUGACACCUCAACGAUGGAGUAACCUUUAUCUGCUUCUAGGCAAAGAAUCCACAGCUUUUCCUUGGAGUAAUGUAGUUUGUGAACGGAGCUGAGAGUAAAACAGUGUCUGUGGAGUCUCCAAAAAUCUCCUCGCAACAGGACCGUAGGGCUGCUGGAAACACACGGACGUGGUAGGUGAUUGUUAGGGGUAACCACAAGGGGAAGAAGGCGUACACUGUCUGGUUCACUCUUUCUGGAUGUUUCUGAAUCUGGAUGAGCCAGACGUAGAGCAGAAGCACUCUUCAUGGGCUCAGAUGACUUCUUCAAUCCUGCCUUUCUGCUCUCCAUCCUUUUUUGUGUGUGUGGUUUGUUUUUUUUCAAGUGUCUUUAGAAAUUUGCUGCAACCCAAAGCCUGCUAGAGCACAGCAUCCUGGCUCCAGUUUUUGUUCCUUCUUACAGCUUGCCCUUUGCACAAAGGAAUUCUUAUUCAAAGGGAAAGCUAUUUACUCGUUCACCUCAUGCACAGAGUACUGGCUCAGCCCCGUGUAGGCAGGCUCGUUGAGCAAGGUAGCUUGAUUGGAUUUCUUUUUGAUUUUCAGUUUUUAAAAAGACUUGGAGUUUUUGGCUUAUUAGUUAAGCACCUUUGGUAGAGGCUUUGUUUCCAGCUGUUAAUCCUGGUAGCAGAAGUGUUAGAAAGCUUUUUUGUUGUUGUUGUUUUUUGUAUAUCAGUGUCUGUGACAAAUUACGAGCUGGCCAACUGUGAUGGACAGUGUGGGCUUGCUGCCCUAGAAUCCUGUUGCAAAUGAUUUUGGAGUUAAUUGAAUGAUGCCAUUAAGACGGCACCAGCACAGGCCUUCUUACUCUUGCUCUAGCUCAGUAGACAGUACUGAAGCCAUUUUUCAAUACAGAUUUUUUUUUCUUUUUAAAUAAAGUCUUAAAAUGGCAGCUCAAGCUUUGUGAUGUGACCAGGAUAUGUAUUUUCAAGGCUUAAAAAAAAAUAAUCCUCUCCUUCUUCACUGUGUUCUCUAGAUAAGAUAGUCUGCACUGGGCACACAGGAAGGAAAGUCUAAGACAGCCACCUAGCCAUGCAAUUUAUGGACUUAGUUAUUCUGGGGUUCUGUAUGUAUUGAUAAGUUCACUUGUAAUAUUUUGUUCAAACUCUUUAUAUAUGGAACUUGUUCGAGUUGUUAACCUUCUCAAUUAAAAUAAAUUGUUGGUACACCUUUAAAGUGGUGUCCUGUGGAACAGAACCAUCGCUGGACUGCUGUUAAAGUGAGCAUGUAAGGUAGGGGAAGGCUGUUUUAAGGACAUGUUCUGAGCACUACUAUGGAAUAUACACUAAAAAUCUUUAAUAGAUUGUGUAAAAAGAAACACAUGGAGGAAAAAAAAAAAAACCUUUAUUAACUUCUUCGUAUAAAGAGUAACAAAGUGCUUACAGAUUUAAGUCGGGCUCAUACGUGACAUACAGAAAAAACAGGUAAUACUGUAAAAAUAAAUCUGACCUGGUUGCCGCUCAUAAUUACAAUUUUAUAUAUAUAUAUAUAGAUAGAUACUUAAAGACAUCUUUCUCUGUUAUUGCCAGAACUAUUUCCUCAAAGCACUUUCAAAAUCCAGGUUUGGUGGAAAAACAGUAUUGCCCAAGUUCUAGGACGCGGGUCAGCAAUAGGUUUCCAGUUAAACUACUGCUCAUCAAAGACUGACAGAUGUACGAAACGAGACUACGCUCCUUCACUUGACUCAAUUACAGUUUAAAUGCUGGAUCUGGUCCUGACAAUAAAACUUCCCUGGUCCCAGUCUGCCCCAGCUGGGCUCUGGCAGUCCUGGUCAACCAAAUACUUCACAAGCAUAUGGCUGGAGACUACGUCAAAUUAAACAAAGGCCAGUGCUAUUAUUUAAAGCAUAAUCACCUUACAUCAAGGGAGCAGCUUUGUUGAAAAACUGCUAAAAUGAAUUAACGUGCUGGCCAAAACUGACAAAAAAA